AUGAACUCUAAGAUUUUCCUAUUGGUGCUGUCCAUCCUAGCCUCGGUCGUAUCUAGCGAAUCGAUCGACCCCGUUUCUUCGGGCGCCACACCCAAACUUGUUGAAAAUAUAACUCUCGUUGAUACUCAAAAUCUGAGACAUGAAGAAGAGUACGCGCGGUUGCAAACACGGCUUGGUCGUGAAAGCCAAGUGUGGGAUGGAAAUCAUCCACGACAAAGGCUGUUAACUGCGUUGUAUGGAUUCCGCCAAUACCAAGAGCGACAUAUCGAAGAAGUACAGCGAUGGCGCUCUCUAUACAAAAAGGUUUCAAAGAGCCAGCGAAAGACGAUUGAAUCAACCAUCAAGUACAACCAUAAACUAAACACAGUGGAGCAUCUAAUCGAAGUGAAUGACGAACUUGCACAAGAAAUUGUACAGACAGGCUUACACUUCUACGGUAUAUCGCAAUCUGAGCUGGAUGAGUUCAGUGCAGACCAAAUUCGUGAAGGCAAGAAAGCUGAUCGAACGAGCGUUGCACAAGCGAUGAAGCAUUUCGUGCGUGACUGGGCCGAUGAAGGACGAGGUGAACGUGAAGAAUCAUUCACUUGUCUUCUAGGCCAAUUGAUUGAAAUGGAGAGAGAAAUCAACGCGCCGCUAAAAGUGUUAGUUCCAGGUGGUGGUAUUGGGCGAUUGGCACAUGAGAUCGCUCGGCUGGAUGGCUUUGAAGUGUCAAUGAAUGAAUGGUCGAUGUACAUGAAUCUAGCCUAUCGACAGAUCAUGCGGGAGCCAAUAAUUUCAAAUUCCCAAUCCUAUCACCCCUGGCUUGAUUGGUGGUCUCACCACGCUACCACAUCCGACAUGCAGCGAGCUGUCUCAUUUCCUGACUCCUUUGUGGAUAAAUCAGCGGUAUUAUUGGUUGAGGGCGACUUCACUACGGUGUUCAAUGGCGAAGAAGGACAAUACGACGUUCUUGUAACGCUCUUCUUCAUUGACACCGCGCGAAAUCUUUUGACCUAUCUCGAGACGAUCCACCGGCUGUUGCGACCUGGGGGAACGUGGCUCAAUCUAGGGCCUUUACUUUACGGAACGGCGCCAUUCCUACAGUUAUCUCUCGACGAAGUCAUAUCGCUAGCGAGGGCAGUGGGAUUCGAAUUCGAAGACCCAGGCGAUGUGUGCGGUGAUGUAUCUUUCAAUGAACUUCCUGUCCGUUCAAAGGAGAUAUCGUAUGGAAGGAAUGUGCGAGGGUUGAAUAGGAACGGAUUCUUAGCGCAGAGCUGGCGAGCUAUUAAGUUAUAA